AUGAAUUUGUUCCGGUUGCUUGGUGAUUUAUCACAUUUGGCCUCCAUUCUUAUUUUGCUACACAAGAUACAGACUUCUCGAUCAUGUAGAGGAAUUUCCUUUAAGACGCAGAUGCUCUAUGUCAUCGUGUUUGUUACGCGCUAUUUGGACCUGUUCUUCCGAUAUGUGUCGUUGUACAACUCGGUCAUGAAGUUGUUCUUCAUCACAAGCAGUUGCUACAUCCUUUACCUCAUGAAGUUCAAGUACAGACCAACGCACGACCCCUCUAUUGAUACGUUCAAGAUCGAAUAUCUCAUUGGCCCCAGUGUCCUUUUCGCCCUCCUUUUCCACUACCACUUUUGGGUCUCCGAACUUCUUUGGUCUUUCUCUAUUUGGCUGGAAGCUGUCGCCAUUCUUCCUCAGUUGUUCAUGCUUCAGCGCACCGGAGAGGCGGAGACUAUCACGACUCAUUACCUAGCGGCGCUAGGUGCAUACAGGGCUUUAUACAUCCCUAAUUGGAUUUAUAGAUAUUUCACUGAAGGACUUGUAGACCCAAUUGCAGUGACGGCUGGAAUCGUCCAAACCGGCCUAUACAUUGACUUCUUCUAUGUCUAUUUCACAAAAGUAUUACAAGGUCAGAAAUUCGAGCUCCCUGCAUGA